AUGUUGAAUCCCUUUCGACAAAAUCGGUAUUCGCCGGUCCUCUCUGAUAUCGAGUCGGAGGAGAAAAAUGAGAGGGCUCUACAAGGCCGACCACUUCAACCGCCAAAAUUACUUUGCGCGGUAGUUCUUGGGGCUUUGGUUCUGGGGAUAGCUUUUUUCAGUGGUGUCAUUUUUGAGAAUCACUUCCUUCGACACCAAGCUCUAGAUCCUUAUCAGAACAGAGAGCGUUGUAGCAAUCCCUCGACGCGCAGAGAGUGGCGGUCGUUCAGUGCAGCAGAGAAAGUAAAUUAUCUGGAUGCUGUCCAAUGCCUAAGAGAGACACUGUCGAGAUUGCAUUCAGGUUAUUCAUUAUACGAUGAUUUUCCUUGGGUUCAUACAAACAUUGGAAACUACUCCCACAACGCCGCUGCUUUUGUUGCGUGGCACAGAUACUUUUUGCAUAGCUAUGAAAGAGCUUUGAGAGAAGACUGCCACUACACGGGUUACCUAAGCUAUUGGGAUUGGUCCCUUGAUUGGGAAAAUAUAGCCCACUCCCCUGUAUGGGAUAACGAACUGGGCUUUGGCGGCAACGGAAAUCCAAACUCAGAAGGUAUUGACUCACGUGGAAUCGGGCAGUGUGUUGUUGAUGGUCCUUUUGCUCUACUAUCCGUCCCAUUCAUCAGCUCUAAACACUCCCGGCACUGCUUAUCGCGCUCGUUCAACACAACCGAUAGUUCAGAAUCAUUGAAACUUCAACCUUACAUGCUCGAUCAAUUGAUGGAUACAGACGACUACGAGGAAUUUAAUCUGGGUCUUGAAGAUGCUGCACAUGCUUCAAUUCCUCAUAUGAUUCGAGGGGACUUCUCAAUGUUUACUGCUCCAUAUGAUCCCGUUUUCUUUCUUCAUCAUACGCAGCUUGAUCGACUUUGGUGGUUGUGGCAGCAGAAAGAUAUACAAAACCGCUUAUAUCAAUACCGAGGCGUUACAGCGUUUAAAUCGCCUGAGCAGGCCUCAGUCCAAGAUCUUCUACUUAUGGGAAAGCUGAUUGCCGAUAUUGAAGUCAAGGACGUCCUUGAUACAGAAUCGGGAGUACUGUGCUAUAAUUACUAG